AUGGAAUGUUAUCGGUUGGGUCACCGUGCUGCUAAGUGUAAGAGUGCAGGUCAUAAGUGUUUCGAGUAUGGGAAACAAGGAAACGGUAUUGCUGAGUGCAAAAAUAAUGCUCCGACUUGUUACAACUAUGGUGAACCAGGACAUAUUAGUAUCCAAUGUCAGAAAUUGAGGAAGGCACCAGCUUCCGCACAAGCUAGUGGUAGAGUAUUUGCUUUUAGUAGUGUUGAUGUCUCGAUAUCAGGUAAUUUGAUUCAAGGUAUGUGUUUCAUUAAUAGUGUUACUAUGAUUGCUAUAAUUGACACCGGUGCGACGUAUUUGUUUGUAUCUCUUGAUUGUGUCAAAAAGUUGAAUCUUAACGCGCCUUAUAUGAUUGGAAGUAUGGUCAUUGAUACCCCAACUAAUGGUUCAGUGACUAUUUCAUUGGUGUGUUUGAAUUGUUCUUUGACCAUUUAUGGUAAAGAGUUUGGAGUUGACUUGAUAUGUUUUCCUUUGAAUCAACUCGAUGUGACUUUUAGGAUGAACUGGAUAGAGUUCAACUGGGUUUAUAUCGACUAUUUUGACAAGACUGUGUUGUUUCUGGAACUCGAAGAGAGCAAGGAUUUGAAAUUCAUGUACGCUGGCCAGGUUAAGAUGUCUUUGAGGGAGGAUGAUAAGGUGAUCAUGAUGCUUACUUCUUUGAGAGUGGAGAGAGAUGUUAUGGCUAAUGAUAUACCUAUGGUGUGUGCGUUUUCUGAUGUUUUUCUUGAGGAUAUUUGUGACUUGCUGGUAGAGCAAGAAGUCGAGUUAGCCAUGGAUUUAGUACCUGGUACUAGACAUGUGUAG